AUGUACUCUCCCUACAAGUGUGCUCUGGGGCUCGCUUUCUUAGCAUCGUUUGUGUCAGUCCACGCUCACCAUAAAGAGUACGUGGGGAAAAGGCCAGGCGUUCAUCAGCAAGACUACGACGGCGAUGUCAUCAUCAUUAAUCGUAGAAACCACCCUGUGAUUGAGGAAUAUGAACUAGGGGGCGUGAACUAUAAGGCCUACGAACAGCUUCGAGAGAUAGUUUUAGCAUUCCUCGAUGAUACGAUGGCUAUGAUCCAGGAGGAAGCAUACAUAACCAAUCAGUAG